AUGGCAGAAGAAAAUGCUGGAAUUGCUAAGGAUGUGACUGAAUUGAUUGGUAAAACCCCAUUGGUUUACCUGAAUAAUAUUGUUGAUGGUUGUGUUGCGCGUGUUGCGGCCAAGCUGGAAUCUAUGGAGCCAUGCUCUAGUGUUAAGGAUAGGAUUGGUUAUAGCAUGAUUUCAGAUGCUGAGGCAAAAGGCCUUAUCAAACCUGGGGAGAGUGUCCUUAUUGAACCUACAAGUGGUAACACGGGCAUAGGCUUGGCAUUCAUGGCAGCAGCAAAGGGAUACAGGCUUAUCAUUACGAUGCCUUCUAGUAUGAGUCUCGAGAGAAGAAUUAUUCUCCUUGGUUUUGGUGCUGAAUUGGUGCUCACUGACCCUGCAAAGGGAAUGAAAGCUGCUGUUCAGAAAGCUGAAGAGAUACGAGACAAGACACCUAACUCAUACAUUCUUCAGCAGUUUGAAAAUCCUGCCAACCCGAAGAUACAUUAUGAAACCACUGGACCAGAGAUCUGGAAAGGGUCGAAUGGAAAAAUUGAUGCUUUUGUUUCUGGGAUUGGUACUGGAGGGACAAUCACUGGUGCGGGAAAGUUCCUUAAAGAGCAGAACUCUGAUAUAAAGCUGUUUGGUGUAGAACCAGUUGAAAGUCCUGUUCUUUCUGGUGGAAAACCUGGUCCUCAUAAGAUUCAAGGAAUUGGUGCUGGUUUUAUUCCUGGUGUUUUGGAGGUUGAUCUUAUUGAUGAAGUAAUUCAAAUUUCAAGCGAUGAAGCCAUAGAAACUGCAAAGCUUCUAGCAUUGAAAGAAGGAUUGCUAGUCGGAAUAUCAUCUGGUGCUGCAGCAGCUGCUGCAAUUAGGAUUGCGAAGCGACCAGAGAAUGCUGGAAAACUCAUUGUUGUGAUUUUCCCAAGUUUUGGAGAGCGGUAUCUCUCCUCUGUGCUUUUUGAAUCCGUGAGCUUUCUUCAAAUGUAUCAGAUGAAAUUGUUGGAAAUAAUGUGA